CUCUGAGCUCCCAGAGCUGCCUCUGAGCUGGAGACUUUGAUCAAAGGCAGCUUUUUGUCCCUAGAUGUGCUUCUUAAAGUGAAAGACUGGAUUCUUUUUCUUCUAGUUGGAAUGCCUUCCAUUCCACCUCCUUCCCCCAGAUUUCGAGAAAAGAAGGGGUGAAGCAGAACAAAACCUAACCUCCCCGGGCCACCUGACUCGGAUCCCCCACCCCCACUCUGCCUACCAGCGCUGCUCGUUGGCCUUCUCUGCUUUCUAGAGAGAGCAGAAGCCAUUAUCUGGUUUGAAAGCCUUACUUGGAGCCUAGAGUGUAAUCAUCAUCAUCAUCAUCAUCAUCAUCAUCAUCAUCAUCAUCAUCAUCAUCAUCAUCAUCAUCAUCAUCAUCAUCAUCAUCCAAGCACCACCAGCAUCUCAUGCGCCCCUGGCAUUGGAGUUCUUACCUGGAGCUUAAUGGCACUUGGGACAGUUUCCUUGAGAACUCUCAGCGUGGACAGCUCCUGCAUCCUGGGUGCUUCCUCUGCAGUGUGCGGUGGGAGAGCCACAGCGCCCAGUGCAGCAGGCGACUAUCCCGGGCACUCGCUCCUCCCUGCCCGCCCCCUCCCUUAGCUCACUCUACCGGCCACUUUGAGGGAUUUCCUCCCGGGGCGGCCUUUGCAGCAGAAACACAUCUGCCUGGUUCGCGGCGACAGCAUGGAUCUACGAGGAAGAGCCCUUCUUGGUGGAGACAGACUUCGGAUUCUCUUAAUGUUCUUCCAUGCAAUGGCCCAAACCGUGGCAGAACAAGAAGUAGAAAAUCUUUCGGGCCUUUCCACGAACCCCGAGAAAGACAUAUUUGUGGUGCGGGAAAAUGGGACGACGUGUCUCAUGGCAGAGUUUGCAGCCAAAUUUAUUGUACCUUAUGAUGUGUGGGCCAGCAAUUAUGUGGAUCUGAUCACAGAGCAGGCUGAGAUCUCCUUGACCCGGGGAGCUGAGGUGAAGGGCCGCUGUGGCCACAACGAGUCGGAGCUGCAGGUGUUCUGGGUAGAUCGCGCCUACACACUCAAAUUGCUCUUUGUUAAGGAAAGUCACAACACUUCCAAAGGACCAGAGGGGACUUGGAAGCUAAGCAAGGUGCAGUUUAUCUAUGAUUCCUCGGAGAAGACCCACUUUAAAGAUGCCGUGAGUGCUGGGAAGCACACCGUCAAUUCUCAUCACCUCUCUGCCUUGGUCACCCCAGCUGGGAUGUCCUAUGAGUGUCAGGCUCAGCAGACCAUUUCUCUGGCCUCCAGUGAUCCUCAGAAGACUGUCACCAUGAUCCUGUCUGCAGUGCACAUCCAGCCCUUUGACAUCAUCUCUGACUUUGUCUUCAGUGAAGAGCAUAAAUGUCCAGUGGAUGAGCGAGAGCAGUUGGAAGAGACCCUGCCCCUGAUCCUGGGCCUCAUCUUGGGCCUUGUCAUUGUCAUAACACUUGUGAUUUACCACAUCCACCAUAAAAUGACUGCCAACCAAGUGCAGAUCCCCAGGGACCGUUCCCAGUACAAGCACAUGGGCUAGGGACCAUCAGGCAGACAGCCUCUAAGUCCUGACCCCAAACCGGAUGACAUAGAAUGACAAUGGCACUUUAUCACCUGUAUACAGGAUCCACCAACAUAGCUACACUCCAACAGGCCCAGGCACCUGAGGCAUGCCUGGCCUGUGUCCACGCUUAAACCCAGGGAUGGAAAGCAGGUCUUGGGUUUUGGGGGAUUAAUGGUAGCUGUUGUGUCCAUGCUGGGGAAUAAGUAGGGAUUGAUGAGUAGGGUAAUAGCUUUCAUGCUUAUGAUGGUUUAACAUUGAUUCUCUGACUUUGGAAGUCUACAGCACAUAGAAAGGAAUAUGUGGCCCUUGCAUUUCAGAAAUGGAAACAUUUCCUUUGGGAGACCUCUUUAGGUCAGAAGGUACCGGGUGCUUCAUUCCCUUGGCCUCAGCUGGCAUACUUACACAGUUUUCAAUGCACACAAAGUACAACCUCAUGCUCCCUGCAAGCAGCAAGACCCCUGAAAGUGACCCAUGCUUCUGGCUGGCGUUCUGCAUGUCUAGUGAUUGUUUUGGGAAUGUUUCACUGCUACCUGCACCCAGUGACUCUGCAGCACAAGAACCCGUCUAAUGUCACUACGCACGGUUGUUUGGAAUUCAUAAUGUAUCGGUUCCAAGCGAGGGGACCUCAAGAGUCAAUCCAUGUGAGUUUGCUUUUGAAAAUGAAUUAAAAAGAAAAAAAAAAACCA